CAGCUACAGAUAAAAACAGCGCUGUCCUGGGCGUUAAACGGUGUGUCUGAAGUCUCCGGCCAACCAUUUCAACAUGAAACUCGCCGCGAUUGACGUCACCGAGCCAUCUUUGUCCACCUAAUCCAGGCGGCUGUUUAUUACACCUUCAUUACUGCACGGACUCUGACAGCGCCUGGCUCUGGCAAUAGCCUGCAGGUGCCGCAUCACUGUAGAAAUAGGAAGAGGAAAACGGGGUUUUGUAGCGAGGGAACACAUCUCAGUGGCAGAUCCACGCCAGUUUUCCUCCUGGGCUAUAUAGGCAGGGAAACGCCACAAUAACCAACCAAAGGGUGCCAGAGGGUAGAGAGGAGCGCAGAAGGCAAUCCAGAUCCAUCUGCCAGCCACUUAUCACGCGCUAACAUUUACAGUCCGGAUUUCAGCACAGCUGUCUAUCCAUUAGUACCAGGAAAAUGUCUGCCCCAGCCGGAGCCCCUGCAGCAGAGGGAGGAAAUCAACCUCCCAACCUCACCAGCAACCGUCGUCUGCAGCAGACACAGGCACAGGUUGACGAGGUGGUGGACAUCAUGCGUGUAAACGUGGACAAGGUUCUGGAGCGUGAUCAGAAGCUGUCAGAACUGGACGAUAGGGCUGAUGCCCUGCAGGCUGGAGCCUCUCAGUUUGAGACCAGCGCUGCAAAACUGAAGAAUAAAUACUGGUGGAAGAACGCCAAGAUGAUGAUUAUCCUGGGAGUGAUAUGCGUGAUUGUCCUCAUCGUCAUUAUUGUGUACUUCAGCACCUAAGGAGAGUUGCUCCUACCCCAGUCUAAUCCCAACUUCCUUGCUACAGAAAAAACCCCUCAAAUUGAUUACAAAAUUAACCAUGAGAAAAUAAUUUAUUAUAUAUAUCCCCCAAUUAGCCUCGAUAUAACACCCCUAAACCCAUCAGGGCCCCAUGGCUCCCCCACUUCCACCACCUCGCCUCUGGACCCUUGUCAAUAUUUGUCCUGUGAGUGUGUGGCCCUGUCUCCUUUCUGGGUACUCUUGGCUUUUCUAACCUGCCAUACUGAGAACCAAACACUUGUGACGAUGCAACAACAGAAAAGGAAACAACAAUUGGCGAUAAUUGUUACAUAACUGAUAUAUAUAGUUCUUUGUAGAGUUUUAUUCUGAUAUAUACUGUUUUGUAGGUGUGUGUGCGUGUGUGUGUGCAUUUUGUAUUUUUUAAUUUUUGUAUUAAUUUUACGUAUGCUUCAGCAGUACUGCCUAUUACUCAAAGUGUGUAUCUUGCAUGUUAUCAUCAUCAGUCCCUGCGUACUCCCUCUUUUUGGUGUAUUUUUGCACAGUGGAGUCGGUCUCCAUUUAACUGGGGAAAUACCAAUUGAUUUUUCAAGUCCAUCUGUGUUACUUGUCCACUAAGACAGUCCAAAAUAAGUCGGAGAACUAAAACUUGUACUAAAAGAUCAUCAAGUUACAAAAAUUUGAGCUCCAGCUCCACAUUUCUAUAACUUGAUGCCAUCAGGUCUUAGCUUAUUUGCUGGCUUUCUGAGAGAGUCAUUGCUCACUGACAUUGAUCAAACAUACAAAUAAUGCAUGAAUUGUUAAACUAAUCAUCAGUCCCAGUCCUUUCCAUCUGAUCCUCACAUUCUCUGAAUGUAAUUUCUCUUUCUCCAUUUCUGUCCUGUAGUGUCUUUAAUGCCCCAACCCUCUUCUGUCGCUCAGCAUGCUUGAACACCUCAAUUUCUUCUGAUAAGUUUAAUACUGCCAUAGUACAGUUGGACCAAUGUCUGUAGAUGUUUCUAUUUUAUUUAAAUAUUACGUAGUGUCUUAUUUCGAAAACAUUCCUUCAUUGCAGUGUAGUACAAAUGGUCUUACUGUAGCACAUGUAAGUGUAAGUAUCUUUUAAAAAUAUAUAUACACACGCAAUGAAACGUGUCGAAAACGUCGGUCAUACAAACCAUAGCAGAAAAUAGUUAUAGUUAAUAGCUGUAAGGGUAAAUUUUGGAUAGACAUGAUUAGACUUUCAAUCUGUCCAAAUUAUUUUCUUUGUUAAUAUUGAUGAUGUUAUCUUAACAUUACACUUACAGUAUACUGUGGAGAUGUCAUCAAUGUCAAAUUGUGGAUAUGGGCUUGCAAAAAAAAAUUCUAAUACCAGUGGAUAAAAUGGGGCCGUUGUGUAAUUUGACAUUUGAGAAAUUUCCAUAAAGCAAAAGCUAAUUCUCACCGGCCCAUUGCCUACAUGGACACUGAAAAGCCUUAGUCUCCAGUCACUUCUAUUAGUUACUGUAGAAUAUUUCCAGUCAAACACACCCUCACAUAUUUAGUUUGUGUAGGGGGAGUGGCUGGCUGCGGAAAAGGAAUCUGUUUAAAAUGCACAAAGAACCUUGUUUUUGAUGGCGCUGUCUGGCUGGUCAAUAGCCUGGCCAAUAAGAUCCUCGUGCAGCAAAACCUCUCCACAUGAAGAGCACAUUAGAAAAGAGACAACUCAGCCUUAUUCGCAAAUCCAGGAACAGAGACAGAGGCUAAAGAGGAAAAUGUAAAAUUUACAGUUGAGUUUAAGUUUCAGCAACUUUGGGGGUAGGCUCAGAAAUGUACAGUCAAUGGUUAGUGACAAGAAACGUGAGAAGCAGUUAUUCAAAAACCAGAAGCACUCCUUUGAAGAGUGUUUUGCUAGCGCAGUGGUUCUGUCUCAGUGUUUCUCCCUAUAGUUAAGGCCUUUUUUCUUUUUUAAAUAUAAUAGAUUCUAUUUUUUAUUAUAGUAUAUUUUUGUGUGAAACAGACAGGUAAAGAGGAAGUGUGCAAUCAGUACCAUUUGCUGCCAACAGCAGUGAGCUCCUCUUUACCUCUGUCUGGCGUGUUUUUUGUAAUUCAGCUCCGUGCGUUAUACACUGCCAAGCAACAAGGGAGAGGCUUCUGUUGUUAUUUCUUUCAUUGGUGCCCUCGCUGGUUUGGUCUUCAACAAUUCUUUCAACAUUUUUUGGCAUCUACUCCUGUGCAUACAAACCCUUUUGGCUACUUUAUGAGCAGGAGAGCAGGGCAACAUGAUACACUUGUUUUUUUAAUGCUCUGUCAAACUAAGGCCUUCUACAAAUCUAACCUAAAAUCCCUUAAAACGGCGAAUGGCAUUUUUGAGGAAACCGUUUUAUCUUCAAUUAUAGGAGUUUUACUUGCGGUCAUGGUAAAUCUAAACUCUGAAAUUGUUGGAGAUCAGUUAUUCAAUCAAAUCUCUGUCUUGUGAAUCUGAAGAUUUUACAGUGUGCAGGCCUGCAAUAAAUGCUUAACAGGAAGCAACCCAUGCAUUACUGCCACUAAUUACAAUCCUAAAAUGUGUAAAUUUAGCUUUCAGAUCUUACAGUAGGCUAUAGUCGCUGGGAAGAUAUAGAGAGACCAUGACCCACCUACAAUACUUCAAAACAAGUGUGUGUAAAGCCUUAGUAGCCUUGUCUCUUUUCAACAUGACUUUUUAUCUUCCCACCAGCUGAGACCAACCUGCCCCCCUUUGCUCAUCUCACUGAUUCAGAAUCUUACAGUGUGUGUUUGUGUGUGUGUGUGCAUGUGUGCAGGUGCAUCUGUGUGUGUGUGUGUGUGUGUGUGUUAGAAUAGCUCUGUCUUGGGAAUAUCCCCAGUUUAUCCUAACAGAUUAGGCCGCUUAAAUCUCAGAGCGAGGGCACGUUGUUUCCUUGACCACUGAAGUACACAAGCAGAGAGGUUACAGAUCUACCGGCCGGUUCUAUGAGAAAGGACCCCAACCUUAGCAAACCCACUCCCCCCUGCUUCCCCUACUAGUUUCCCUCCAAACAGAGCAAAAGUAAACUGCAGAAGAUUACCAAAGACCAGAUUUCCACGCUUACGCUGCCUGUUGCCAUCAAAAACAAGUGGAGAGAAACAGGUUAUCCAAACUAUCCCAGUCUGUUUUAAAUAGCUAUAUCCUAUUUAUCUACGGUUACGAGACCUUUUAACUAUUACACACCAUUUACACGGUGUGUCAGUUUGGCUUGUGAGUGUGCCAUUCUAACAUAUGCAAGUUAAACCAAAACACAAGGACCGCAUGCUUCAGAUCUCAAGUACAGUCUCCCCCACCAUGUGUAUCCGGGUCUGAAGAGCUUCUCUAAUCUGUAACAAGUUUUUAGACACACAAUCCUAUAACUAAUAAUAGCACAACUCUUAUUUUUUCUGUGUCUCCAUAGUGCUGCCAAGUUCUAAAAUGAAAAGACGUAAAAACUAACUAUAGCUAUAAGACAUAAAGCAAGAAAAAUGUUACAAAAAAUCUGCAUUGUUUGGUGUUGUAAUAUGGGGGUGUUUUGGGGGUAGGGGGUCCUAUAUCCUCAGGUUUAAGGUACUUGUAAUUUACCAAAAUAUAUAUGAGGACAAAAAAUACAUUAGCAAACUGUAUAAUUGGGAUUUUGGCAAUAGCAAAUCACAAAUUACACGCUUACAAAUGUGGUCCUUUUAAUAACACUACUGAUUGGGGUAGGACUUCCGUGUUAUCCAUAAAUCCAACUGUUGUGAGUGCUCAACCAAUUUGGUCACAAUGGUGAAAAUGAAGUGAGUGCUGUCUUUUUCUGUUGCUUUAUUGUCUGUAUGACAAGAAGUGUGCAUAUAUUUUAACACCGUGGCACUUUUUUCUGUUGUGAUUCCUUCAUUUUGGUGGGAUGGGAACAUGAUUCAGUGGAGAAUAUAGUUUUAUGUCAACCUCAAGAAUUGUUCAGUGAUCUCAACUUAACGCUGUGUUCAAGUCAUUUGGGGAUGAUCCAAACUGCAAGUUACCAACAUGAGGAAAAGUGUCCCGCCUCCAGGUUUGAAAUAUAACUGGUGAACUUGUAAUUCAAACCAGCAGAAAGAAAGAGACCAACAGAAGAUCCAUUCCUUCAACAAAGCACCAUGUAAUAUGUACAGAGCGGGGAAUGGUCCGCAACAUUUACCGUCACCCCCAAAUGGGAUAAGUACAGCGAUAGGAGGGAAUCUGAGUCUCUGAAUGUUCACUGGAUGGCUAUAAACAUACAAUAUUCUACUUAAUAUAUGUUAACAUGUUUUAUUUUUAAAGCAAAUAUUGUGUUUUUCUUUUGCAUCAAUUUAUUAAUAACUCCAGAUGUCACUGAAUUGUUUGUGUGUAAACACUAAUGGGUAAAGGUAAACAAAAUGGGAAGUUAAUGGGGAAAAAAGUAUUUUUACCUUCAAUUGUCCAGAAUGCUCAGAAUGAUUCUACAGUUUACAUCAGAUUGCGGUUUGUAUCUACAAGAUAUAUUUUUUGUUUAAAUCUGUUUAUUUUUGAGGAAAGAUUUUGAUUUCUCUUUGGGACUGGGGUUUCUGGGAUGAAGGCCCAUAUUGCCCCUGGCCAUCAGGCCUUACAGGAGGGACAGGACUGGAGGAUCAUGGGCAAUGUGCUCAGUUUUAUUUGAUCUUUUUCUUUUCCUUUGCUUUUAUUUAUUGAUAGAUUUAUUGUGCUGUCAUUUGGUAUGGGAUUAGAAACUAAGCAAGGUUGACUCGACGUAAAGGAGAGGAGACUGAAUGAAAAACUAAAGUACAUAAAAUAAUUGUAGUGUAAAUCUAUCAAUGUCUUAUUAUAUUGAUGAACAUCAUGAAAUAUAUGUAUAUUGGAAAAACAGUA